CAAAAUGUAAUUUACCUUAUUACCUUAUUUUUUUAUUGGGAUGGCAGGAUAAAUUUUAGAGAUGGAUGUCUGGCCAGAUACAAAACCCAAAUUAUCUGCAUGGCUAGAUUCUGUUAGAGCAGUCCCAACCAGCAGUCAACCGCACAAAGCUGUCACUGGAGGAUUCGGUAUGAAGCUGUCUGUCGUAAAAGCAGUCUUGGGAUCGCUGUGUAUGCUGUUUGCAGAUGGAUUUCCAGUUUCAGAGGAUGGAGCUCCAGAGAUCAUUGGGCCACAUCGCGUCCACAUCAAAGCUCACCCAGGUGACCCGCUGUUUCUUCACUGUGAAGCUUUUGCAAAUUGUGAUGAUUCGGCAAUCAUCUACUGGCUCGUCAAUGGCUCCUUCCCUGAAGACACGCUCAGCAGUGAAAGACUGGUAGAAUCAGAGGAAUCAACGUUAGAGGGGGGUACAAUCCUACAGAGGAGUUUGCUGCUAAAGAAUGUCACAUCGGAGGACCUCAAAUCCACCUUCACCUGUGUUGUGACGAACCCUGCUGGAACGGCCCACAAGCACACAAUGUUAGCAGCAGCAAGGCGUGAUUGUAUUGUAGGGAAAAGAAGAAAACACUGAAUGUUACUGUAGUAAAAAAGUGGAAUUUUCUGAA